AUGCACGUCGAGCUCCUUCACGUCGGGCAAACGGGCCUGAUGAACGCCAUGAGACAACGUUAUUGGUUGCUGAACGCAAGAUCCACCAUCCGAUUUAUCACACGCCGGUGCGUGAGAUGCUUCCGGACAAAUCCUACCACUCCCAACCAAUUGAUGGGAAACCUGCCAGUAUCGAGAGUAGUGCCGUCGCCCCCCUUCGCUGUGACCGGGCCUUUCUGGACCAAGCAAGGCACACGUUGUCCAACUUUGGUGAAGUCGUACGUGGCCGUUUAUGUUUGCAUGGCAACCAAAGCCGUCCAUUUGGAGGGCGUCUCCGAUUUGAGUACCGAUGUCUUCAUGGCGUCCCUUCGACGAUUUAUUGCUCGCCGUGGAAUGGUCCAAGAAAUCCAUUCGGACAACGCAACCAAUUUUCGUGGUGCUCACCACGAAUUGAACAACCUUUACCAUCAGUUUUGUGACCAACACGCCGUGGACACCAUCGAAUCUUUCUGCCGCAAUCAUGAAAUUGAGUGGAAUUUCAUUCCACCCGACGCACCCGAGUUCGGUGGUUUGUGGGAGGCAGCCGUGAAGUCGGCCAAAACCCAUUUGAAGCGGGUAGUCGGCAAUACGAAUCUAACGUUCGUGGAAUUGUGUACGAUCCUGUCAGAAAUCGAGGCCGUCUUGAACUCCCGACCAUUGUUCGCAAUUUCCAACGACCAGGUGGACCCGCUGGUGAUAACUCCAGCGCAUUAUUUGAUUGGACGACCGCUGAUCGCCCCAGCUGAACCUUCCCUAGAGAACGUCAAAGCAUCCCGCUUGACACGGUGGCAACAUCUCCAACUUAUGCGCGAGCAAUUCUGGCGUGCCUGGAGCCGGGAUUAUUUAAAUACCUUGCAGCCUCGGAAGAAAAAUCGACAAGAGAAGCCGAACAUUCGGGAAGACAUGAUCGUGUUGCUUCACGAUCGUAACCAACCACCACUCAACUGGAAGUUAGGUCGCAUCGUAGCCGUCUAUCCUGGAACCGACGGCCUGGUCCGAGCAGUUGAUCUCUUCGUGAAUGGAACCACGUAUCGACGUCCCAUCAAUAAGGUGUCCAUUCUGCCCAUCGAGGAUAAUGAUUCCCGUCAAAACCCUCCGACUUCCAAAAGGUGUUGA